UGCCUAAGUAUUUAGUUUACGAAGUGGUUUGCGUGCUCAACAAAAAUAAAGACCCCACUUGUUCAAGACUUGUCUUCCUCCUCUCCCUCUCUUUGUUUAGUUUCAGAUCUAAAACCACCAACCCAUAUCCUUGGUUCAGUCAAAACCCACCAAGAGUUCUUUCUGGGUGUGUCAUUUGAUUCUUGAUAGACAGGAAAGAAAGGGAAGCGGGAAUGGGCUUGGUGGGUGUCCAAGAAAAUGGGAAUCGGGAGAUGGAUGUGUCUUUGGGAGGGAAGAAUAAGUACAAGAGAAUGGAUUCUGAGUUCACGGAGGAUCUUGAUGAUUCGCAUCAUCAAGAUAGGAGUUCAAGUGCUAGAAAAUAUGUUCUUGCCUGUGCCAUUGCCUCUCUAAACUCUGUUCUUCUUGGCUAUGAUGUAGGUGUCAUGAGUGGAGCAAUCAUAUUCAUCCAAGAAGAUCUGAACAUAACUGAAGUGCAGGAAGAAGUUCUGGUUGGGUGUUUGAGCAUUGUAUCACUUUUUGGUAGUUUAGCUGGAGGAAGAACAUCAGAUGCUAUUGGUAGAAAAUGGACAAUGGGCUUAGCUGCUGUAGUCUUUCAAAGUGGUGCAGCUAUAAUGACACUUGCUCAUUCAUUCCAAAUACUUAUGAUAGGAAGAUUUUUGGCUGGAAUUGGAAUCGGCUUCGGAGUCAUGAUUGCCCCAGUAUAUAUUGCUGAGAUUUCACCAACUGUUGCUAGAGGCUCUCUCACUUCCUUCCCCGAGAUUUUCAUAAAUCUUGGAAUUUUACUUGGUUAUGUUUCAAAUUAUGCAUUUUCAAAUCUUCCAGUGAACACAGGUUGGAGGGUAAUGCUUGCUGUCGGAAUUUUGCCCUCAGUCUUCAUUGCAGUUGCACUUUUCAUAAUCCCUGAGUCACCGAGGUGGUUGGUCAUGCAAGAUCGAGUUGAAGAAGCAAGAUUAGUGCUCUUAAAAACAAAUGAGAAUGAGAGAGAGGUGGAGGAGAGACUUGAAGAAAUACAAAAAGCUGCAGGAAAUACCAAUGGAGACAAGUAUGAAGAAAAGGCUGUGUGGCGUGAACUUCUCAGCCCUUCUCCUGCACGACGGAUGUUGGUGACUGGUUUUGGAAUUCAGUGCUUCCAACAGAUCACAGGAAUUGAUGCAACUGUUUAUUACAGCCCUGAAAUCUUCAAAGGAGCUGGGAUUCAGGAUGAAACAAAGCUUCUUGCUGCAACAGUUGCUGUGGGCGUUUCAAAGACUGUUUUCAUAUUGGUUGCUAUAUUUCUAAUUGACAAACUUGGGAGAAAGCCCUUGCUCUAUCUGAGCACGAUUGGAAUGACUAUUUGUUUGUUCAGUUUGGGGGUUACGCUCACAUUUAUUGGCGAAGGACAAGUUGGGAUUGCACUGUCAAUUUUGUUCAUUUGUGCAAAUGUAGGUUUCUUUUCAGUGGGAAUUGGUCCUAUAUGCUGGGUUGUGACAACCGAAAUAUUCCCUCUAAGGCUGCGUGCUCAGGCUGGUGCACUUGGGGCAGUGGGUAAUAGGGUGUGCAGUGGUUUGGUUGCGAUGUCUUUCCUAUCUGUUGCCCGAGCAAUUUCUAUGGGUGGAACUUUCUUUAUCUUUUCAGCAAUUUCUGCACUUUCUGUUGUCUUUGUUCAUACACUUGUCCCAGAGACAAAAGGAAAGUCGUUAGAACAGAUUGAGCGGAUGUUUCAGAAUGAAGACCAAUGGCAAGGGGGCGAAGUGGAGCUGGGAGAUGUUGAGCAUCUUGUGGAGAAAGAGUGACUCGUCCUUGAUUGGAAAGGCUAAUUAAACAAGCCUUAGCUAUCCAACUUUUGCCAGUCAGAAACUAUUAUGGUUGUUGAGGCACUAUUUGCCAAUUACCUAGAUUCUCACUGGUAUUGAAUCAGCACCUGUUAGAGUUUGCAGCCUCAAGUAUCUAUGAGUUCGCAGCAAUGGAAGCAUGUUUAACAUAAAUUAAAAUUACAUUUUUUGUAAUCCAAGUGAGAUGCAUUACUGGAAUUACUUCAAUAUGUACGUUAAGAAGUUUAUUCUUAUAGGAUUGAUUCACUUGAAUUCCAUGAGGAAAUCAUAUUGAUAAGUGAACUAUAGAAUGGAAUUUUAGGCAGUGUAUUGUUGUCUGGAAUAUUGUAAGAUGAAUCUAAAUAAAGUUCACAACUCCAAAGGAGAGAAGCUGAGACAAAUUUGUGCAACAGAAUUCAUCAUCAUAUGUAAAUUUUUUUACAGGA